CUGUCACUAGCAUAACAGAAGAAAUAACAGAAGAAACAACUGAUAGUUGUUUUAAACCGAGAGCGCGGAGAUCAGCGUCUGCACUCUGUUUAUUUUCCUUUUAGAACAAGUAAUCUGGGUUUGAAAAUUUUUUUUAAUUCAAAUGCCAUCUUUGGCUUUUCGGCUUUGCGAAUAAUUUAAGUCCAAGUUCAUGCUGUGGACUGACAAGAACAAAGAAUUUGGGUUCCCAGCCUUUUUUUGAAAAGACAAAUGGCUUUUCAGCUUUGAGAAAUAAUUUAAGUCCACUAUCUACUGUGUGCUAACAAGAGGACAGCAGAGAUCUGCCAACCUCAGACCUUUAUCUACUGGCCUAGAAAUUCAAGUGUUCGUAUUGGUGGAGGCCAUUAUUUCUGGUUAGAAGCCAUCUAGACCGCCUGCUCCUCAACUCAAAGGAAUCCACAGCCCACCAUGGCCAAGAGGGUUGCAGUGAUUGGAGCUGGUGUGAGUGGCCUGUCCUCCAUCAAAUGCUGCUUGGAUGAGGACCUUGAGCCCACCUGCUUUGAAAGAAGUAAUGACUUCGGGGGACUAUGGAAGUUUUCUGAAACCAAAGAUGGGAUGACCAGAGUCUACCGGUCAUUACUGACAAAUGUCUGUAAGGAAAUGUCAUGUUACAGUGACUUCCCUUACAAUGAAGAUUAUCCCAAUUUUAUGAGCCAAGAGAAAUUUUGGAACUAUCUCCAAGAGUUUGUCGAGCACUUUGGCCUCUUGAAAUAUAUUCAGUUUAAGACCACUGUGUGCAGCGUAACAAAACGUCCAGACUUCUCUGAAACUGGUCAGUGGGACGUUGUCACAGAGACUGAGGGCAAGCAGGAUAGAGCUGUCUUUGAUGCGGUCAUGGUUUGCACUGGACGUUUCCUGAACCCUCAUUUACCUUUGGAGUCCUUUCCUGGAAUCCAUAAGUUUAAAGGCCAGAUCCUACACAGUCAAGACUACAGGACCCCAGAUGCCUUUCAGGGCAAACGCGUCUUACUGAUUGGUCUUGGGAACAGUGGAGGAGACAUUGCAGUGGAGCUCAGUCGAAUAGCAUCUCAGGUAUUUCUCAGUACUAGAACUGGUAGCUGGGUUGUCAGCCGUGCUUCAGAUGGUGGCUACCCUUCAAAUAUGAUGAGUAUACGAAGAUGGCAUAGUUUUCAAACACAACUUCUGCCUGCAUGCUUCCUAAACUGGAUUCAAGAAAGGCAUAUGAAUAAAAGAUUUAACCAUGAGGAUUAUGGAUUAAGUAUUACAAAAGGGAAAAAACCAAAGUUUAUUGUGAAUGAUGAGCUGCCAACCUGUAUUCUCUGUGGGACAGUCACCAUGAAGACCAGCACAAAAGAUUUUACAGAGACCUCUGCUGUUUUUGAAGAUGGAACGAUAGAAGCAAACAUUGAUGUUGUGAUCUUCACUACAGGAUAUACAUUUUCUUUUCCCUUUUUUGAAGAACCUCUCAAAAGCUUUUGUACAAAGAAGAUAUUCCUAUAUAAGCAUGUCUUUCCCUCAAACCUGGAGAGAGCAACAUUAGCCCUCAUUGGCUUUAUAGGCCUUAAAGGGUCCAUCUUAGCAAGCACAGAGCUCCAAGCACGAUGGGCCACAAGAGUGUUCAAAGGACUCUGCAGGAUACCUCCAUCCCAGAAAUUGAUGGCUGAGGCCACUAAAAAGGAGCAGCUCAUUAAAAGGGGUGUGAUUAAGGAUGCCAGUCAAGACAAAUUGGACUAUAUUCUCUACAUGGAUGAGCUCGCUACAUGCAUCGGCUCAAAGCCCAACAUCCCACUUCUGUUCCUCACAGAUCCAGACUAGCAUGGGAAGUUUUCUUUGGACCAUGUACCUCUUACCAAUACCGCUUAGUGGGCCCUGGAACAUGGGAUGGAGCCAGAAAUGCCAUCCUGACCCAAUGGAAUAGGACCAUGAAACCUCU